CUCAUAAAGUCUGCAUCAUUCUAUCAAAUCAAGUCAUUUAUUUUAAUUAGGACAACUUUUUUGUAUUUAGUUAUUUCAAUUAUCAACAAUAAUGGAUUUCUAAAAAAACAGUUUGGUCAUAGACCAUAUAAUUGUCAGGAAAAAUGAAGAUUUAUUCCUGGCGUCUGCAGUACAUAUUAGCAGUUUUGAUUUUAUGGUUAAAUACUGCAGAAUUAGCAAAAACACGACGAAGAUCAACGAAUUUGAAUCGACCACAAGCUCAACAACCUGAUGAAAAUUACGAUGAUAAUUACACUGAUGGGGAUUACGAUUAUACGUAUGGAGAAACUACUCCAGAAGGUGUAACUCCAGGUACAGAAUAUGGACAACCUCCAGAUGAACGGCCUACUCCAACCGGUGCGAUAAAUGUGAAUAUCGUGACAACACCACCAACAACUCCUCAACCAUAUGUUCCUCCAUCAAGGCGUCCAGUACAGCCAACAACUUCAAAACCCAGAACUGUCAGGCCAACUCCAGAUGCCAAGCCAAAUCCAGAUGAGCCACCUGUUGUUGGUCCAAGAGGGGAUAAUGGUUAUCCAGGAGAACCUGGUAGACCUGGAGAUUCUGGCAUCCCUGGAUCACCUGGUUCACCAGGAAUUCCUGGCCAUCCUGGACCUCCUGGCCCUGUACCGGAUUUAACCAAUUACUAUAAUCAAUUGGCUCUUGCACAAGCGGGUGCAGAUAAAGGACCGAGUUAUGCAGGACCGGAAGCUUUUCCAUUCCUCCAAGCACAAGUAGGCCCAGUUGGACCACGCGGUGCUCCUGGAUUACCUGGCCCACCAGGUCCGCAAGGUUUCCAAGGUGUAAGAGGAGAGCCUGGUGAACCAGGACCACCUGGUGUACCAGGAAUUGCAGGACCAAGAGGACUACCCGGACCACAAGGAAAAGAUGGCGCUCCUGGAGACGAUGGUGAAGUAGGCCAGCCUGGUGCAGUUGGGCCACAAGGACCCCGAGGCUUACCUGGCAUGCCAGGCUUACCCGGUGUAAAAGGUCACCGAGGAUACCCUGGUUUAGAUGGCGCCAAAGGAGAGCAAGGUCCAUUAGGAGAAAAGGGUGCACAAGGGAAUAUAGGUUCAAUAGGACCUACGGGUCCCCCGGGUCCAGCCGGGCCUAGAGGUGAACGUGGAAGAGAAGGACCUCCUGGUCCACCUGGAUUGCGUGGAGUGGACGGUAUAUCUGGGCCACCGGGACCUCCAGGUGCCAUCGGCAAACCAGGUCCACCGGGAUUUCCAGGAAGCACUGGCAAUAAAGGUGAUCAAGGUGCACAAGGUCCCAAAGGAAGCCAAGGCCUUCAAGGUCCUAGAGGUGAAUCUGGUAGACCUGGCCAGCCUGGAGAAUCUGGACCACAAGGACCUCAAGGCAAAGAUGGAAUACCAGGUGAAAAAGGGAAUAUAGGUGGGAUUGGACCCGCUGGACCCCCCGGAUUUCCCGGGGCUCGUGGUCCACCUGGUUUACCUGGGGCUGACGGACCAGCAGGGGCAAAAGGAAUACCUGGUACCCCUGGAGAACGAGGAUAUAAAGGUGAUAGUGGUUCAAAAGGUGAAAGUGGAGCUCCUGGACCUCGCGGACUUCCUGGUCCCCAAGGUAGUGAGGGUAAACGAGGAAAACGGGGUAUGAGAGGGCCGACUGGACCUUCAGGCCCUCAGGGAGAACGAGGAGUAGCAGGUGCAAGAGGACUUCCAGGUCCAGAUGGUUCUGUUGGUCCAAAAGGUCAAUCUGGAGAUAGAGGUCCUCAAGGUCCAGCAGGAAUAAAAGGAGCGCAAGGAGACCCAGGGCGCCCAGGAUCCCCAGGUAUUCAAGGACUCCGUGGUAUUCCCGGUCGUCCUGGUCAAGUAGGUAAACCUGGAAAUCCAGGAGAACGAGGAAUACAAGGUGCAGACGGCAGGCCUGGUGAGCCAGGACCACAAGGAUUACAAGGUUUACCAGGUCCUCUUGGACCUCAAGGAGACAAGGGGUUGACUGGGGAACCUGGAAAAGAUGGUGAACAAGGACCAACAGGUGCACCCGGACCCCGUGGAGACCCUGGUAAAGACGGUGCCCCUGGUGCAACAGGUCCUCCAGGACCCCCUGGUUCAGAUGGUGAACGUGGACCAACGGGCGCUCCAGGACCUCGAGGAUUCAAUGGAUUGCCAGGUGUUGCCGGAAAUCCUGGAUCUCCCGGAAAGGAUGGAGAAGCGGGCGUUCAAGGUCCACCAGGUUUGCCUGGUCAAGCUGGUGCUCGUGGAGAAAGAGGAUUCCCAGGUGAAAGAGGUCCAACUGGUUUAGCGGGACCUCCAGGAUUACGUGGCGAAGCAGGUCCACAAGGCGCAGACGGAUUACCUGGACCAACGGGCGCUAAAGGUGAUAAAGGUAUUCAAGGUCAUCAAGGUUUAAUUGGUUUACCUGGAUUAAGAGGAUUGCCGGGACCUAGUGGAGAAAAAGGAGACCGUGGAGAAAUUGGUCUUGUUGGACCUGCGGGUCCUCCAGGUCGCCAAGGUGAAAGAGGUGUACAAGGACCUACGGGUCCUGUUGGUCCACCUGGUGAACCAGCUGAAAGGGGUGAUCCAGGCUCACCUGGCCCACCUGGUGAACCGGGAUCUCCGGGUUCGAUUGGAGAACGUGGCCCCGCCGGACCUCCUGGACCUCAAGGCUUCCCAGGACCGCAAGGGCUAUUUGGAUUACCUGGUAUUAAAGGAGAACGUGGUCAUAAUGGGCUUAAGGGUGAACAGGGAAAACCGGGACCAGUAGGAAAUCCUGGUGAAGCAGGACCUCAAGGUCCUAUUGGACUUACUGGUUCUAAAGGAGCACGGGGUGAACCAGGUUUACGAGGAGAUGUGGGUUUAUCAGGACCGCCGGGAAGACCAGGAGAACCUGGAUUACCGGGUCAACCUGGUAAUGUAGGGCCACCAGGAUCUGCUGGAGUUCCAGGAAUAAAGGGUACUCCCGGAGAACAAGGGCGUCCUGGAAGCCCAGGAUUACAAGGUGAACCAGGUGUCAUUGGACCUGAGGGACAGAAAGGUGAUGUGGGCUCUCAAGGUCCACCAGGGGUAGCUGGUCAACCAGGACCACAAGGGCCAGCAGGGGACAGAGGUUUACCCGGCUUACCCGGACCUACAGGUCCCGUUGGAUCUAGAGGAAUUCGAGGUGCUCCGGGAGAAACUGGUUCACCAGGAAAACCUGGAAAUGAAGGUCCACCAGGUCCUGUUGGUCCAAAUGGUCCACCAGGUCCUCCUGGCCCACAAGGUGAUCAUGGACCCGAAGGUCCGUCCGGAAAGCAAGGUCCUCCAGGAAUUUCAGGUCGUCCAGGAGAUAAAGGACCAAUAGGACAGCCAGGAAAUCCUGGACCAACUGGGCCACCUGGAUUACCAGGUCCACCUGGACCAAAUGGACCACCAGGUCUGACAGGAGAAAGAGGAAGUCGUGGUGAAACAGGCCCACAAGGUGUUGAAGGACAACAAGGACCCCGAGGAAAACCUGGAACACCAGGACCAGAAGGACCAAAAGGAGAUCAUGGAGAUAUUGGACCUCAAGGAGCUAAAGGGCAUAGAGGAUUAAUGGGAUUACAAGGGUUGCCAGGACAACCUGGUUUGCCUGGAGAUAAGGGAAUACCUGGAGCAAAUGGAUUACCGGGCAAAGAUGGCGAACCUGGUCCAAGAGGUUCUCCUGGCAGAGAUGGUAAUCCGGGACCACAAGGUCCCCCUGGCCCUCCAGGUUCACGUGGUCCUGCUGGAGAUGAAGGAAAACAAGGUAUCAGUGGUCCAGCUGGCCCUCCGGGUCCACCUGGACCUCCUGGUGAGCCAAUGUAUGAUCCUACGGCAUUAGCUGCGUUUAUUAGUGCAGGUCAAAUAAAUAAUAAUAAAGGACCUGAUCCACAAGGUGAUGAACCACUUCGAAUAUUUGGAAAAGAAAUAACUGAAAAAGAACGACGUGAAUUAGUUCUCAAAGCUUACGAACAAUUGAAAGCAUCCUUUGAAAAGUUCAGAUCACCAGAUGGUCAGAAACAUUCUCCAGGAAAAACUUGCCGAGAUAUUUUUGUAGCGCAUCCUGACUUCUCAUCGGGUGACUAUUGGAUUGAUCCAAAUGAGGGUGAUAUGCGAGAUGCUAUUAUGGUUUAUUGUAAUAAAGAAGCACAUACAACAUGUGUAUAUCCAAGUCCAACUCGUAGCCCAGAAAUAGUAUAUGAAGGAAACGAACAAGAAAUUUGGCUCGGAGAAAUAUCUGGUGGUCUAAAGAUAACGUAUAAAGCAGAUAGCAGCCAAAUCAAUUUCUUACAACUACUCGCAGAGAGUGCUCAACAAAAUAUAACAUACCACUGCAAAAAUUCCGUCGCAUAUUUUGAUGCAGAAAAACGAACUUACCGUAAAGGUAUUAAAUUGAUGUCAUGGAAUGAUGCAGAAAUAACACCAAGAGGCAAUCAAAGAUUACGAUACGAAAUGAUUGAAGACGAUUGUCGGUUCCGUAAACCUGAAUGGGCCAAAACCGUUUUGACAUAUGCUACUGAAAAAUCAACACGUUUACCAAUUACUGAUAUUGGAGUACGUGACUUUGGAAAACCAGAUCAAUCAUUUUGGGUUGAAAUUGGACCAGUAUGUUUCAAAUAAUAUGCAAUGUUUGAAAUGAUAAAGCAAAUUUAACUGCCAUUUCCAAUCACAUUUGAACAGCAAUAAAUGUGAUUGGUAAUUACCUAUUAAAAUAAUGUGUUCGUAUUAAUAAUUUAGAAUUUUUUUACUCUCUGUACAAAGUUAAGUAUUUACAAUAAGAUUAUGUUUAAGGAAGUUGUCACAAUUUUUU